AUGUACAUCGUCGGAGGUGUUGAAGUACUUCUGAUGUACAUCGUUCCUGAUAUGGCUAUUGGAGGUCGAGAAGCUCUCCACGAUACCGAUCCACUGGGACCACUGUAUAAUAACUAUCGAAUUUAUGGCACACUGUUUCUUCUCAUUCAAGUCGCAAUUGUAGCAAUGGGUGUGAAAUUCGUUCAGUUACUCGCUCCUGUGAGUUUUCCUUCCCUUCUUAGUCAGUCGCGGUCAGAGGUGAGCAGCGAACGAGCCGACGCUUCGCAGCCGCGCGCAUAUGUGUCUCAUAAGAAGUGCCCCUCAGAGACAUAA